UACCCAAUAUGCUAAUUUUUAAAAUACCCAAAGAAUUGAGCAAAAAGGACUUUGGCAAGGUGGGUUGUUGGAUUUAAAACCGUUCUCCCAUUAAUGCCAAAGCCAGCAGAGAUACCAACUAUAGCUCCAUGGUCAGAAGGUACCAGCAGCUUUGCUUUUACUGAAAUUUCAACUGGAGAAAGGUCCACAGCACAAUGAGGCUUUUCACAGGCAUUGUUUUCUGCUCCUUGGUCAUGGGAGUCACCAGUGAAAACUGGUUUUCGUUUUUCAAGGAGGCUCUCCAAGGGGCUGGGGACUUGGGCACAGCCUAUUGGAAUGUGUUGACAUCCAGUCACCAGAAUUCAAACAGAUAUUUCUAUGCUCAGGGAAACUAUGAUGCUGCCGAAAGAGGACCUGGGGGUGUCUGGGCUGCUAAACUGAUCAGCAGUACCAGGGUCUAUCUUCAGGGACUUUUAGACUAUUAUUUAUUUGGAAACAGCAGCACUGUAUUGGAGGACUCGAAGUCCAUUGAGAAAGCUGAGGAAUGGGGCCGGAGUGGCAAAGACCCUGAUCGCUUCAGACCUGAUGGCAUGCCUAAGAACGACUGAGCUUCCUGCUCCUCUGCUCUCCGGCGACUGGGCUAUGAGCCACACACUUCUCCCCCCAGACAGGGACACAGGUUCACUGAGCUUGGUGUCCCCAGGAACUGGUAUAGGGCACCUAGAGGUGUUCAAUAAAUGUUUGUCAAAUUGAA